AUAUUCUACACCACUAAUAGCAUACAAAUCCGCCAUUGACAAAAGAUCCGAUGAUUCCUUUCGGUGUUCCAAUCUUUGGUCAGCAUCACUGUCGUCCAUGUACCAUGCGCGAACCAUGUUUUCAGGAUAAACGUAAAAUCGUUUCGUCGAGUCGAAUCUUCUACGCGUAAAUGACAAUAUGAAUUAAAUUCGAUAGAUUGGUGUUACAUAACCUAACGAUUGGCAUUAUCAAUAUAAUCUACUUUACUGAUAAACAAAUUGACUUCACAUUAUAAUCAUUAUCUUAACAAGCCAAAUAAUAUGGAUGAUCUACAGAAAAAAAUUCAAAUGUAUCUUAUGAAAGAGAACCAAGGGAACAGGGAAUUAACAUUUCUUACAGCUCGUACAACCAUAGAGAAUACGAUUAAAAUUGAUGAUUUGUGCAAAUCUAUAUCAGAAAUUAUUCUUUCAUUUGAUCUUGUAUCUGAAGACAUCAAAUUAAUCCUAAAUCCAAAAUGUGUAAGUGCAUUCAAAUAUUUAAUGUUAAAUACAAAUUUUACAGUACAAAAGCGUUUAGGAGAGGAUAUGGCACAUGGACAUUUGGUAGACAUGUGUCCAACUUUGUCACCGUAUUUGUUUAUACAAAUACUAUGGAAAUUGGAAUACGAAGAUAUUUUGGUCGAAUCUAUUCUUCAUUUACCAUUAGAUUUGUGUAUUGAAAUAAUUGAAAUUACCAGAAGAAGUAUUGAAGAACUUGAAUUUGAUCGAGCAAUAAAUAUUAUAUUUCAAUUAAUAAUAAAUGUUUAUAAGAAAUUUAUUUUGAUUGCAAACAAUGGUAGUCAAUCGUCUAAUAUCAUACAAAAUAUUAAUAUUAUGACUGCAUAUUUUCAAGAAUUACUGUUAUUAUUGAACGAUGAAAGGAUUAUUCGUAUGGAAAAAGUUUCAGUCUUAAAGAAAUACAAACGUUAUGGAUUAUUAUUAAAACGAAUUAUUAAAAUAGUCAAAGAUUGUCAAGAAAAUAUCGGAAAUAAUUUUAAAAUAUCCGAGGACAUUGGGAAUAUAUAUAAAAUUACAUUUGGAAGAGAACCUAUAGUGAAAUGCGAUGAUUUAGUUAUUACCCAGGCUAUAACUACAAUACGUCAAGAUUUAAUGAGUUUACUUUUAAAGAAAAUCAAAGAGAUAGAUUGCAACAUAUAUUUAGGAUGGGCAGAAUUAGAUGACACAGAAAAUCCAACGAUAACAUUACAAAAAGCAAUUGGAAACGAAUGUUAUUAUUUGGUUGAAUUUUUUAAAGCCAAUAAAGAAUUAGCAGAGAAUGAACAUUUGAUAGAAUGCUUGCUACAAUUAUCCUCCAAGCCGAUAUCUGAAGAGAUUAAUUCAGUUUUAACUUUGGAAGAAUUACGUUAUGGCACGGUACAAGGUAAAAAGGAAUGUGUUAAAGAAUUGAUCAGUCGAUACAAAGAAUGGGAUGAAACUAUAUUGAAUAGCAUGAAAGAAAUAUGGAAAAAAUUAUUAUUAGACAAAUAUGAUUGUUUAAAUUUACUGGAGUAUCUAACGUUCGUACUUAAUCAAGCGGAUAACGAAGAUUAUCAACAACGCGUUUAUAUAUUUGUUACGGAAGUAUUGAUCCAUCAAAAUUUGCAAUCCAUUUAUUCGAUCAUAGUAGAAUAUAUAACUAAACACGAUGGUAAAAAUUGUUUAGAAUCUUUAUACACGGAAGAAAUCUUCAAGGAUUUUAUCAUAAGACAUACGAAUAUGAAGUCGUUAAAAACAUUGAAAAUAAUUCUAAUGUUUCUUUUAAAGAGUCCAAAAAAGGUCUUAAGGAUUAUAUUAAGAAUAGCCAUAGGUUAUCCCGAAUAUGAAAACGUUAUGAUAUCAGCUCAGGAUAUGUUACUAUUAUCGCCAAUAAUGAACAUAAGAGAAGACUCGAAUGAAACUUUUUUGAGUAGUACAUUAAAAACAAUAUGUUUGGAGAACGUAGAAUGGAAUGUGAAAAAAUUCAAAGAUCUAUUAUUUAUCAUGGUCGAUAACAAGAUAUUGACGAUAGAAGGCAUAAUAAACAAUAUUCUAUUAUGUUACUUAAAAGAAAAUGUAAGGAUAUUACGCAACACACAUUGCAUUCUUAAUUGCUCAACGAAAAUGUUAAACGAUGUAUGCGAUCAAUGGCAAUGCCAAGAUAUUAUUGAUGGAUCAAUAAUAAAAAUAAACGCACGAAACUUACUUGUUCCUCUUGCACAAAUGAUGUCAUCGACGAGGAGACGAACGGACGUAUCGUAUUAUUUGAUUAACGACGUGAUCAAAGAAAUAAAUUCUAUGAUCUAUCACGUUUUGUUAUAUCAUACAAAUGAUUUCGAUUUAUCGAUAAAAAGGGCGAUCAUAGAGGAUUUAGAAUAUAUCUUAGAGCCAAUAGAAAAAGUAUAUUUUAUAUUACUUUGGCCACCAUUGCGAAAUGACUUUUAUCUAUCUGAUAACAUUUGUGAUUAUGAGAGACGUUGUUUCUUUAUUUUAAAUAUGAUCAAGGAUGAUCCAACGAUAUCAAAUGAAUUAAGAACAUUCUUUUCGAAUUUCUCACUUCUUCAUGAAGAUUUCUUACGUCAUAUUAUUCUACGUUCAACUAGUUUCGAAUAUUCUAUAUUGGCUAAGAAAUAUAUUGAAGAAAAUUUAUUCUUAUAUUCUAACAGAUCGAAAACUUUCAAUAACAUCACUCCUUACAACAAUUUCUUACGUCUCACCAUGGAAGCCUGUUGUUUAAGCUUGGAAUAUCCUUCGUUAUUACCCAAACAUUCCUUUACCUUCAUAUUGAACAAUUGUAUUAAACUUUUACAAAAUUGUCUGAUCGAUGAGGAAUAUUAUGACAACAGUAUCACGGAAUUUUAUCAACACAUUAUUGAAAAUAUGCGUUCGCUCGUUGAAACUAUAAAAUUAUGUUGUUCACCUUCCUAUUCGUCAUUAUUUACGAAUUUUUUCGCACGUAUAAACAAUACCAAUAGCAAUAUAAACGACGAACAAAAUACGUCUGAAAUAAUGAAAAUUCAAACGAAAGAAUUCUUGGAUACGAUCGAAGGUUUCACGAAUCAGUGCGUGGAAUUUAAUGAGUCAUAUGAUCAAGUGAGUUCUCAAAAUCGAUCCUCGACGAAAAUGUCGAAAUAUCGUCUCAUUCAUUUAUUUAUUUCGGCAUGCAUUAAAGUACCAGCGUCGAAAGCGUACGAGUGUAUCGAAAUAAUGAAUGAUUUCUUAGCUUCCACGUAAUUUCAUCUUUCUCUUUUUCGUUUUUAUCUUUUUAUCUUUUCUAUCAUUUGAAUAUAUCAUAUAUAAAUAAUUUUAUAUAUGUUCUUCUGUGCGGAAUAAAAAAUAUUUAUAUAAAGAUUAUUA